AUGUGCGGUAGCUUGAAGAAGGAUGAGGAGUGUACGAUCGAUAAUUGGCUGAAGUUUAUGGGCACUCAAAAUCAUCGUAUUGGCAUUCCUCUGGGCAUUGAGUUCAAUCUUAUAGAUGCAAAGCAAGGGCCAGACAAAGGAUCUGAUUAUUUUAUGACUGCUCCAACAACACCAUGCCAUAUGUCACCUCGUUAUGGUCGUGACAAAUGUUCCAAGCAAGAUUGUCCCGCCAUCCAAGUUGAAGAUUUGUUUCCGAAGGAUGAAGGCACUAAGGAAGUAUGUCAGGUGUUAGGCAUGGGAUGCAAAGUGUUUUUACUGUUCGGAUCUCUAUUUAUUUUCGCCGGUGUACUUAUAUUUAUGGGUUUCUUACACUUAUUUCAUAGUACUAGCACGACAGACUCCGGACUGGAUCGUAUGGAUUACAAGAGCGUUAACACAAAUAUGGGUCGAAUACGAACUAUGGGUGCAUGGAUUCAGGAGCAGCUCAAGUAUAAUGGGGAGAUGUUUGGAAGAUUUGUUGUCCAACAUGCAUGGUUUGCAUUCCUCUUUGGCUCCUUCAUAGCAGUGAUCUCAAUCUCUGGUAAUGUCUUUCUGAAGUUUACUAAUGAUCCUUUGGAAAUGUGGACGUCAGCACAUAGCCUUGCUCGCCAAGAGAAACGGGUUUUCGAUCAGAGCUUUGGACCUUUCUAUCGGGUAGAGCAGGUUAUAAUGUAUCCAAAAACUGUCGAACAGAUUGUUGAUGGACCACAUGGCAUGAAGAUGGGAUCGGUUUUCCACAAAACAUUUAUGCUUGAGGCAUUCGUCAUUCUUAAACGGAUUUUGAGUGUGAACGCAGUGAUAGGAGAUGGUUUGUACUUGCAAAUUCCACUGUUUUUGUAUCAUGUGACACGAAUCAAUGUGUAA